AUGUCUAUACUCAUCACCGGAGCUGGUGGCUAUGUCGGCCAAGAAUUAGCCGCUGCCCUUCUCGCAAGCACUCCUGAUUCACAAACAAUCACAAUAACUGACGUGACUGAACCGACUAUUCCGGAAUCAGCCAGACAGUAUAUCAGUCGGUUGACCUGCGUUCGCGCCGAUCUGACCUCACCUAAGGAGGUCGAUGACUUGCUUGAUGCCUCUCACCCUUACGAGACCGUCUAUCUCCUCCAUGGAAUAAUGUCCAGUGGCGCCGAGGUCAAUUUUGAACUCGGAAUUUGUGUCAACCUCGACGCAACACGAUACAUCCUAGACCGACUACGUAUGACCAUACCGGGAGUAAAGGUGGUCUUCACAUCAUCAUUGGCAGUCUACGGCCCAGCACCACCAGGCUUCGUUAUCAACGAGACCAAUUUCCCAGCCGUACCAUCAUCUUCUUACGGGACCCAAAAGCUCAUGGUUGAGAGUCUGCUGAACGACUACUCCCGCCGCGGGUUCCUGGAUGGGCGCUGUGUGCGUCUACCAACGGUGACCGUUCGCGCAGGGAGACCCACGCAGGCUGCAAGUAGUUUUGCGAGUGAUAUAAUUCGUGAGCCAUUCCAUGGCAAGAAGGCAAUUCUGCCAGUUGGUAGAAAUACAUAUUUGUGGAUCUGUUCGCCGCAUACUGUUAUUAAGAACUUGAUCCAUGCGCGUAGCGUGCCCAAGGAAGCUUUCGGUGGGUCGCGAUCGGUCAAUCUUCCUGGGCUGAAGGUAAGUGUGCAGGAAAUGUUGGAUGCGUUGGAGGAAGUCGGUGGCAAGGAAAGACGGGCCCUGGUGGAAGAUAAAUAUGAUGCUGCUACCGACAAGAUUGUACAGUCGUGGACUCCUCAGUUUUCAACUGAUCGGGCCUUAGAGCUCGGUUUUUCGGCGGAUAUAUCCAUGGCGGAGAAUAUUAAGCAAUUUGCCAGACGAUUCGAAUAG